AAACAGAAGGAUGGAAGUUGGAGAUUUUGUGUUGAUUAUAGAGGCCUUAAUGCUGUCACAAUAAAAGAAAGAUUUCCUAUCCUUACUGUGGAUGAGUUACAUGGGGCGACCGUUUUUUCCAAGUUGGAUUUAAGGGCUUGCUACCAUCAAGUAAGAAUGCACACAAAUGAUGUUCCUCAAACAGCCUUUCGGACACAUCAUGGGCAUUAUGAAUUUUUAGUGAUGCGUUUUGGCCUCACUAAUGCUCGAUCCACCUUUCAGUCAACCAUGAAUCAAAAUUUUCAACCAUUCUUGAGGAAGUUUGUUAUCAUAUUCUUUGAUGAUAUCCUAGUUUAUAGCAAGUGUUUGACAGACCAUGUGGCACACUUACAAAGUGUUCUCCAAUGCUUAAAGAUACACUCCUUGUUUGCUAAGUUGAGUAAAUGCACUUUUGCUCAGUCAUCCAUUGAAUAUUUAGGCCAUGUAAUCUCUGCUCUUAGAGUAGAACCUGAUAAAACCAAAGUGGAGUCUAUGAUCAACUGGUCUGAGCUAACAAACCAGAAACAAUUGAGGGGAUUUUUAGGUCUUAUGGGAUAUUAUCGAAGAUUCAUUAAAGGCUAUGCAUUUGUAGCAGCCCCCCUCACCGACUUAUUGAAGAAGGAAUGGUUUUCAUGGAGCCAUCAAGCCCAAGAGGCUUUUGAAAUGUUGAAGAAAGCCAUGAUUGAAGCACCGGUAUUAGCUCUGCUGAUUUUACUCAACCCUUUACAUUGGAGACCUAUGCAUCAGGGAUGGGUAUUGGCGCUGUGUUGCUGCAACUUGGUCAUCCCAUUGCUUUCUUCACCAAGAAGUUAUGUCCUAAGAUGCAAAGAGAAUCUACCUACAUCAGGGAAUUACAGGCCAUCACUUCAGCUGUAGCAAAGUGGAGACAAUAUUUGUUGGGAGGUAAAUUUUACAUCAAAACUUACCAAAAGAGCUUGAGAGGUUUGAUGGACCAGAUAAUGCAAACUCCUGCACAACAAUAUUACUUGUCAAAGCUUCUAGGUUACAAAUAUGAAAUUGCAUAUAAACCAGGGAAGGAAAACGCUGUUGCUGAUGCACUAUCCAUUUUUUUACCACUACCCAACCAAGCAUCAUGGCUAUUUCAGUUCUAAUUUUUGAGUUUUUGGAUCAAUUGAAGCACGAGAACGAGAGGGAUCCAGAAAUCACAAACCUGAUAGAAAAUAUUUUAGCUCAACCACAACAAUUUGCACAACGGUCAAUAAGGGACGGUUUCAUAUACAAUAGAGGAAAAUUGUUCUUGGGAACUCAAUCCGAACUCAAGGCUACGCCGAUCAAGGAAUUUCACUCAUCACCUACAGGUGGCCAUGCUGGAAUACAUAGAACAUAUGUUAGAUUGGCUGCAAAUUUCUACUGGAAGGGAAUGAAGCAAGAUGUGCAAAAAUUCAUACAACAAUGUCUUCCCUGCCAGCAGAUCAAGAGCAAUACUGCACCACCAUUUGGUUUAUUACAACCUUUGCCUACUCCAGAACAGGUUUGGGAAGAUAUUAGUAUGGAUUUCAUUACUCAUCUAUCUUCAUCAAUGGGUUCACAGUCAUUUUAGUAGUGGUUGACAGAUUCUCAAAAUUUACCUAUUUCGGUCCUUUACAAAAACAUUAUAAUGCCAGUAAAGUAGCAGCUGUUUUUAUGGAAAUAGUAUGCAAAACACAUGGUUUUCCAAGGUCUGUUGUGAGUGAUAGGGAUACUAUUUUCCUAAGUCAGUUUUGGCAUAUUAUUCAGCCCGAUGAUUUCCCUAAGGAGCUGAAUAAUUUAGUGAUGGAGGGUUCAGCUUUUAAGACUUUUUAUAGAUUGUAAUAUGUCUUAAUUUAUCCUUGCCUUCUUCUUUGUAAUGCAGGGCCUGUCCAGCUUUGUUUUCUAGGGGCUUCUCCUCCAUUCUGUAGGUCAGUCCAAAGAUGGAGAUAGAGGCUGCCUUUUCUUGUACAUUAUUUUUUCCUUUUCUAUACAGACAAAUUACUUAUCAAAAAAAAAAAAAAAAAAACAGUCAGUUUUGG